AUGUCUAUCCAAAACACAUUGCACUGCGGCGAGGCCGACUCCCCAUACAGCUGGGAGCAUGUCCCCAACGACAUCCAACCCAGCGACCUGUCCGGCGCCGUCAUCACCAGAUACGUCGGCAGUCCGAGGGAUAACCAGCCUGACAUUAUCGUCGCCGAAUACGCCACUUGCAACGACAUCCGGAGACGAUGGUUUUUCCAGUGCCCAAAGGAAGAAUAUCGUGGCCUGAUGGAGGGCAUUGAAGAAGCACCGUUGGCGCUUUGGGUAGCGUCGCCUGCUGGCGAUGGGACUGAGCGCUGGGCUGAGGUUUUCAACUGGCUUCCCUUUCGGAGGCCUACUGUGGAGGGCUACAUCUUGUGUUGUUCGCUUACUGUACUAUGA